CUGAGCCAGAGACAGAGGAGAGGCUCUGAGAGUCAGCAGCUGGGUCCCCAGGGAAAUGCUGCUUCUGCAGCUGCUGUUGCCCGUGGUCUUCUCCCCAGGGGGUGGCGGCGAGGAAGCCUUUCAAGGGCCCACCUCUUACCAGGUGAUCCAGAUCUCGUCCUUUGCCAACAGCAGCUGGGCGCGGAACCAAGGCUCAGGAUGGUUGGGGGAAUUGCAGAUCCACAGCUGGGACAGCGACAUGGGCAGGGCGAUUUUCCUGAAGCCCUGGUCCAAGGGCAACUUCAGUGAGGAGGAGGUGGCCAGGCUGGAGGAGAUCUUCCAGGUAAACCUCAACGGGUUCAUCCUGGAACUACAGGACCAUGCCCAUGAGUUCCAGAUGGAAUACCCCUUUGAGAUCCAGGGAAGCGGCUGUAGGCUGCUUAUAGGCGGGGGCACAGGGAGCUUAUUGCGGGGAGCGUUAGGAGGACUGGACUUUCUGAGCCUCAAGAAUUACUCCUGUGUACCCGCCCCAGAGGCUGGGAGCCGGGCUCGGCGCAUCUGCGGGCUCAUCCAUCAGCACGAGGGCAUCCGGGAUAUCGCCGCGAAGCUCCUCUUUGAAACCUGCCCCCAGUAUCUCCUGGGCGUCCUCGAUGCGGGGAAGGCAGUGAGGCCAGAGGCCUGGCUGUCCAGCGGCCCCAGUCCCGGCCCUGGCCGUCUGCUGCUGGUGUGCCACGUCUCCGGCUUCCACCCAAAGCCAGUGCGGGUGAUGUGGAUGCGGGGUGAGCAGGAGCAGCCGGGCACCCGGCGAGGCGACGUCCUGCCCCAUGCCGACGAGACGUGGUACCUCCGGGUGACCCUGGACGUGGCGGCGCGGGAGGCGGCCGGCCUGUCUUGCCGAGUGAGACACAGCAGUCUAGGAGGCCAGGACGUGGUCCUCUACUGGGGAACCCCCAUCUCCAUCGGCUUGCUGUCUUUGGCAGUAAUAGUGCCCUUAUUGAUCCUUUUGACAGUUCCUACAUUUUGUUUUUUGAGGCGCAGGUCAUAUCAGAGCAUCUAAUGGACCAUCGUGUGACUCCUCUUCCAUUUGGAAUAAACAUCCAGAAACCCAGAAGCUCGAGUGUUCAGCCCGGGAGUUGAUCAUGUCAUAUUUCAUCAAAUAAUCCUCUUGUUUGAUCACAUCAAAGUUACCAUAAGAUGCAAGAUAAAUCAUUAUUUGUAACUGGUAGAAAAAUAAUAGAAAACUGUCAGUUUAUUAUCAGGUGGUAUCAAUAGUAGGCUUCACCUGGGUCUCCUGCAUGUGAGAUGUGGGAAAGAAUGUGCUCCAGAAUAAAUGAAAUAUGGUAUACUACUUCCUGGUGACUUCCCUUUGGCUUCUUAUGGUAAAACUUUUUUCUGCUUCUGCUGAAAUAUCAUUUGCCAAAGUAAGCUAUGUACAAUUAAAUGCUGGGAUCAUUUAUUUGCAGAGAUGCCAAGUGCUGGGAGCCGCACUGACCUCUCUGGAUGGCAGUCACAGCAA